AAGAUUCUUCAUUGUCACGUUUCAAGGGAGGCAGAGCCACUCAUGGAUCACCACGGGACGGGACGUCCAGGAAUGGAGUUGCUUUGUCCCAUAGGGCAAUAUCUCCUGCCCUUUCGGUGUCGUAUUAGUUAUUGUUCGAUAUUAUAUUUCUUUACUCGACCAAAUACCACAGAUCCUAUCCAUUUCCAAUAGCUAAUUGAGUAGAGGCCAGAGGGUUUGGCUUGUUUUCUUUCAUCAUCUGUCGAACGGUAACGGUGUAGCAAAGAGAGAGCGAGAGAUGCAGGGCUUGGGAGUAAUCGCAGCAUUGGUGACGGUACAAUUCCUGGAAGUGGGCUUGAACACUAUGGUCAAAGCGGCCAUGAGUAGAGGGAUGAGUAACUAUAUUUUUGUUGUUUACUCUAACGCCCUCGCCAUCUUCGUCCUUCUCCUAGCUUCUAUAAUCUAUUACAGAAAAAGAAGUCUUCCUCCACUAAAGUUUUCAAUGGUCUUUAGAAUCUUUGUGCUUGGCUUGCUAAGUUGCUCUGUGCAGACCUUCAUGUACACUGGGAUUCGGUACAGCUCCCCAACACUGGCCUCAGCAGUAGUUGAUCUGAUGCCAGCUUUUACCUUCAUUCUGGCUAUCAUCUCCAGGAUGGAGAAGUUGGACUUGAGAGUUCAGAGCAGUCUGGCCAAGUGCAUUGGCACCAUUAUAUCUAUAGCAGGUGCAUUAGUUGUGACUUUAUACAAAGGUCUGCCCAUCACAAGUACUUCAUCACCUAAUAGUCGCCAACCCAAUGUUCUUCUGUCACCAAAAUCAAAUUGGGUCCUUGGAGGCUGUCUUCUUGCCACUGGUAGCUUUUGCCUUGCAGUAUUGUUUAUUUUCCAGACCCUGAUUAUUAGAGAUUAUCCUUCCGAGUUGAUGGUAACACUCAUCUGUUCCAUUUUUGUAACCAUCCAAUCUGCCUCAGUCGCACUAUUUGCAGAGAAAGAUCCAGCCGCUUGGAGGCUAAGGCUAGAUACGGAGCUGAUAACUAUAGGUUACUCGGCCCUAUUUGUGAUUGCUACACGAAGCGUAGUUGUUACCUGGGCAUGCCGUAAGAAGGGUCCUGUCUAUGUUUCAUUGUUUAACCCUCUAGGAAUGGUCAUUGCGGUUGUCAUGGGGGUUACGUUUCUUGGGGAUACUCUUUAUCUUGGAAGUGUGAUAGGUGCUGCUGUAAUCGCUGUCGGGUUUUAUGCUGUAAUAUGGGGACAAGCCCAAGAAGAUAAGACGACUGAAAACAGAGGAAUUUGUAGCUUUGAGUCAUCUUCUCCAAAUGUCCCUCUUUUGCAGAACAAAAACUUGGAUUUCUAAGACUGCACAAGAAUUAAGACAGUGAAAGACUGGUAUAAAACCCUGAAUUUCAGCCUGUGCAGUUUGAAGACAAGAUAUCUAAUCUGUAACUAGAUUUAUUGUAAACUGAUUUUUAAGUUUAUGGUGAAAAAGAUAAACCAAUGUCCAUAGAUAGGACAGUUGAGUUGAAUUUUGAUGAAAUGCUUAAAAAAUCGCGAGGUUUGUUACAGCAA